UUUAAAACUAGAGUCCAGGUUCGGAACCAGCAGCUUCACUGAGAUGGACAAACAUGGAGGUUUCUUCACAGUGAAACCACUGGACAGGUUUUCACAGGAACCACAGGAAUUGUACAUAGUUCCCCAACGUAACCAUUUUUAACACAUCAUCCUCAUGUUCUCUGAUCUCUGCUUUUCAUUUUAACCUGGUUGUUCUUCCGCGAGGAUCUUCUGUUGAACCUGAAAAAUCAAAGUGUUCUCCGUGUUCUCAUGCAGAGGAUGACACUUCAGCUUCUUCUGCUGGUGUUCCAGUGAAGCGGCGCCAUGUGGGAGGCCGCCAUGGAUGGGAACUCCUCCCACAGCAGCUUCGUGUUCAGGUGUUUCCCAGAGCUGCACGCUCACCGCCGCCUGCUGGCGCUGCCGUUCUUCCUGUCCCUCCUGUCGGUGCUGCUGGGGAACUCUGCGCUGAUCCUCGUCAUCCGGCGGGAGGAGCGCCUGCGCGGCCCCAUGCACCUCCUCAUCUGCGCGCUCUGCUUGGUGGACAUCCUGGUGGUGGUGGCCAUCCUUCCCAACAUGCUGCUGGGCCUGACGCUGGACCACAGCCGCAUCUCCCUGGCGGCCUGCCUGACUCAGAUGUUCUUCACGCACUUCCUGUCGUCGGUGGAGUCCACGCUGCUGCUGACCAUGGCUCUGGACCGCUUGGCGGCCAUCUGCGAGCCGCUGCGCUACCGCUUCAUCAUGGACUCCUGCAUGCUGCUGAGGCUGCUGCUCUUCACGCUCCUGCGCAGCGGCUCCAUCAUGGCCACGCUGGUGGCUUUGGCGGGUUCUCUGCGGUUCUGUGGCUCUAACGUCAUCCAGCACUGCUACUGCGACCACAUGGCGCUGGUCAGCCUGGCGUGCGACAGCACGGACAGGAGCUGGAGCGCCGGCGUGGCGGUCAUCGUCUGCUUCGUCGGCGUGGACAUCCCCAUCAUCUUCUUCUCCUACGUGAAGAUCCUGAGGGUUGUUCUUCGAGCCGCUAGAGAGGAUCGCUCGAAGGCGUUCCACACCUGCAGCACUCACCUGAUGGUCAUCAUGUGCUUCUACCUGGUGGGCAGCGUGGCCUUCCUGUCACGUGACCUUUCCUCAGGUGUCGGCGCCUUCAUGGGGGUCCUGUACAUCCUGCUUCCUGCCACAGUCAACCCCAUCAUCUAUGGCAUCCGCACCAAAGAGAUCCGCAACGGUCUGCUUCGGCUUUUAAAGGUCAGAACAAGGAACGGCUCUCAGAAGACGUCCCCUGAAGGAAGGAGACGGUCCUGAGCGCAUUCCGGUUCUUCAUCCAGAACGCUGAGAUCGUCACAGGUGUCCCGACAGCAGCGGAGUCUUCUUCGCAUCGCAGAAUGAGCGGGAACCUGGACGGCAGUGCUCCAUGAUGGUUCCUCACAGGGCUGACAUCAGAACACUUCCAUUCUGGUUCUCCUGUGUCUGAGUGGCUGGAACGUUUGGUGGUUGAGCUCUGAGCUUUGAAUGAAUAAAUGGACAUCAACCCAGAAGUUCAGGAGUUUUCAUUUAGACACAAACGUUCUAACGUUCCUCCAACAGGUUCAAGUCUUCCCAGAACAUUGCUUGAAGGAGAUCAAAGCUAAUAAUCCUGAAAUCUAAAGAAAACGUCCUUAAAUUUACCACAACAUUCAAAAAUGAAAUUUAAAAAUAGUUCCUCGGAUCCCUGAAGAACCGAUCACAGUUCAGUUUUACCAAAAUCGUCUGAUUUUGGUAAAACUGAACCUGGAUUUUUCUGGCGCCGCCCGGAGCAGCAGCCUGUUACAGCAGCUCCCUCUCUGUCGUGUGUUUUUCUGACUAUUCUAUUUUCUGACUAUAUUCUUAUACUAUACCAUGGGUGUGCAGUUUGCGAGACUCGUUUUUUGGCUCUUUUUUCUCGCUGGACUGCUUCUAUUGACAUCGGGGGACCCGACAGCCGUGGAUCCAUUGUUUACACGCGUAGACAGCUGCUCGCGUACCACAACAGCGGGCUGCACUACGUGGACAGACCAGACAUCCCCGCCGAGAUCAGGAAGAAAAGAAGAAGAGGAUGCAGAGCAGGAGUUAGGCGCCAUGAAGGGAGAAGUCGGUAUAAACCAUGCCUGCCGACUGUCGUCAUGGCCAACGUGAGAUCUGUUUCUAACAAGCUGCAGGAGCUAACGGCGCUAACUCGACUACACAGAGAGUAUGGGGAGAGCAGCAUCUUGUGCUUCACAGAGACUU